ACCCUCACUCGGUCAACUCGACAAGAUUGUUCCAGUCAUUCCUCAUUAUCAGGUCUCAACAAAGAGAACUUGUUUAGAAUAUUCGCAUCAGUGCAGUGCGCUAUUACGCACCAAGAACGACGUUGACCUCCUUACUUCACUCCGGAAGCCAUCAUGGCCAAUCCGACGGUUCUGUUCUUAGCUCUUCUGGUUCCGCUUGUGACGGGUCAGAUAUUCUACUACCAACCGGAGCAGGUUCACCUGUCGUUCGGUGAAUCGACCAACGAGAUCGUCGUCACCUGGAGCACCUUUUCGCCGACGAAUGAGUCCGUCGUGGAGUAUGGCAUCGGGGGAUUAGUGCUGAGUGAAACCGGAACGGAGACCAAGUUCGUGGACGGUGGUCCCCAGCGGCACACGCAGUACAUUCACCGGGUUGUGUUGCGGGACCUGCAGCCGUCCUCGCGGUACGAGUACCAUUGUGGCAGCAAGGUGGGCUGGUCGGCGGAGUUUUACUUCCACACGGUGCCGGAGGGGGCGGACUGGGCUCCGUCGCUCGCUAUUUUCGGCGAUAUGGGCAACGAGAACGCCGCGUCGAUGGCCCGCCUCCAGGAGGACACUCAACGGCACAUGUACGACGCCAUCCUGCACGUGGGAGACUUUGCGUACGAUAUGAACUCGGAGAAUGCCGCCGUGGGAGAUCAGUUCAUGAACCAGAUUCAGUCAAUUGCGGCGUACACGCCGUACAUGGUUUGUGCAGGAAAUCACGAAGAGAAGUACAACUUCUCCAACUACCGUGCCCGGUUCAGCAUGCCCAAGGGAACCGACAACCUGAUGUACAGCUUCGACCUUGGGCCGGUGCACUUCAUCGGCUUCUCCACCGAAGUGUACUAUUUCAUGAACUACGGCAUCAAAACCCUGGUCAACCAGUACGAGUGGCUGCGGCGCGACCUCGAAGAGGCGAACCGUCCGGAGAACCGCGCCGUGCGGCCCUGGAUCGUGACCUACGGCCACCGCCCGAUGUACUGCAGCAAUGCGAACGAUAACGAUUGCACCCAUAGUGAGACGCUGGUGCGCGUGGGCCUGCCGUUCACGCACUGGUUCGGGCUGGAGGAUCUCUUCUACGAGCACGGCGUGGACGUCGAGAUUUGGGCCCACGAGCACUCGUACGAGCGGCUGUGGCCCAUCUACGACUACAAGGUCUACAACGGCUCGCACGAGGAACCGUACCGGAACCCGCGGGCCCCAGUUCACUUGGUGACAGGUUCCGCCGGCUGCAAGGAGGGCCGCGAACCGUUCAUCCACAAAAUCCCCGACUGGAGCGCCAUCCACAGCCGCGACUACGGGUACACCCGCAUGCGGGCGCACAACCGGACGCAUCUGUACUUUGAGCAGAUCUCCGUGGACAAGGAGGGCGCGGUCAUCGAUUCGUUCACCAUCGUCAAGGACCGGCACGUGCCGUACAAGCAGCUGCUGGAGGACGACAGCGAGGACGACGCUUAAAAGUCGACAGCGUACUUUGUAAUACAUUUAUUUUAUUUUUUAGUUUGUUUUUUUUUGUGCUACAAGUUUUAGAUCAUUCCGGAGGUUUUGGCGAGUUACCAAAGUAAUUAAGACGAUCUGAGUUAUGGCCUUCUCUGUGCUCUGCAUAAGAUUAGUGCUCUGAAUACAGUAAAUAUACGAUUUAUCUAAACGCAA